UGUGACAGUGAAAUACUAGAAGCUGUUGUCCCAGCUCGUCUCGUCACUCGGCUGUGAUUUUUCACUUUGGACGAUCCGUGGAGCAGGUUAUCCAGAAUGAUAACUUUGGUGAUAAUCUCAGCACUGAUUGGUUUUGCCUCUACCAAACCAUGUGAUACAGAAGGCUCCAACACUGAGCUGCUGCUUUCACUCAACAAGAAUCUCCUUCGCUCUCUGGAGAGCCAGGAGGGACUUCCUAACCCCAGUGUCCACUUGGCAUUACGCCUUUCCAAUAACCACAAUCUGGCCAAGGAGAGCGAACACCUCAACAGACUAAAAAAUGAAUUGCACAAUGACAUUCAAAGCUCUCUCUCUAACAGUCAGCCUGUGACUGGUGUGCUGGCGCUCUACAACCUGGCUUUAAAGUCCUCCUGCUAUGAUCUCAACACGGUCAGCUUCACUGUAAACGAGAGGAGUGAAGCACUGCUGACACACCUGAAGAACCAGAUGGAGCUGGAGAAAGAGCACAUUGCCUUCAGCCACCGCCCUUUGACCAACUAUUACCAGUACUCCCUGGGUGUGCUCGCUCUCUGUGUGAGCGGCAUCAGGGUCAACAACCAUGUGACCAACAAGCUCAUCAAAGCAGCAGAACAUGAGCAGUUCAAACAUGGAGAGUCUGAGAGUGUGGAUACGUAUGCCAUGGCUGGAAUGGCACUCCAGUGUGUGAAGGACUCUGGUUCUCACAUGCAAAACGCUGCUGGGCUGGACACCGCUCUUAGCAAGAUCAAGCAGAAGCUUCUAGCCUCCCGCAGGGCUGAUGGUCAUAUUGGUAAUGAAUUCAGCACAGGCCUUGCAGUUCAAGCCCUGUUAGCAAUGGGCAGUGAGGUUGCAGAGUGUGCCGCCUCAAUGGAGGCCAUGAGGACAGCUGCUAGAAGCAACGCAUACCACAACCCCAUGGCCAUCUCUCAGACUCUGCCUGCUCUCCAGCAAACAUCCUACAUGUCAGUUAAAAGCAAGGAGUGCCUCACUGAGGAUAACACUCUGGUGCUUGAGCCCUUAGAUCCUGUAGUGGUUUCACCAAACCAGGUCAAGGUGAAUGUGAUGGUGGAAGUGGUGACAUCCAGCGGAGCAGCAGCACUUUACUCGGUGCAUGUGCCAAAGGGCAGCUCCCUGCUAGAGGCUCUUGAACUGCUCAAGGAGGAAAAUGUUGGCUUCACGUUUGAGAAGGAGUCCAGCCUGUGGGGACCUUUCUUAAGUGUGGUGAAUGGAGAGCAGGCCAGGCAAAGUGACCGCAGAUACUGGCACCUCUCCUCAGAUGACACUGCACUCACUGAGGGUGUCCGUGAUUUCAAGAUCGAGGCGGCUCAAAGGAUCACCAUCAGAAACACGAGCUACUGAUGUUCCAGCCAAUCAGUGAUUAGAUGAUCAGCACUUUAAUCUUUAUGAACUAAUGAUUACACCUAAAUUGUCUCUUGGCAUCAUAUAUCAAUAAAUCCCACAAUUACUUAACAGAAUGUUUGCAUUUUAAGAAGAUAUGAAGAUUGAACAAAAGUGUAAUUAAAAGCUAUUUCAAAGUUUGUGUUGAAUAUUUUUACUUUGGAAAACGUUUUUAUGAUUAUAAUAUAAUUACUACGAAAUGUCAAAUAAAAUGACUUUUGUGAUUA